AGUGCAGCUUGGCGUCGCUAUUUAACGACGUAGGGAUCCUCAGUGACCGUGAGCUGUUUGACAUGCUGGGAGAAGAGGAAGCGCGUUGGUAACAAAAAUGAUGAAUUUAUCCGCGUUAAUUCACAGCCUCAGGUGCUCUCUGCUGCGCAUUGAGAGUAGACUUUUGCAGGCGGCUGGACUAGAAGCACAGUUGGCUCCGGGUCUGGCUGUGAACGGCCCCAGCCUCUUGCCUCAGCUCGGCCAGGAGCAGCAGCUGGAGGAGCAGCAGCCCGGCCUCCUGGACAGCAUCAUGUGGAUGGCAGCACCCAAGAAGAGGCGCACAAUCGAGAUUAACCGCACCAGGAGGAGAGCUGAGAGCAAACUUAUAAAAGUCAAGAACAACAUCGAGCCGUGUCCAGUGUGUGGCCACUUGAAACAGAAACACAUCCUGUGUGGCUUCUGUUACGCUAAGGUGUGCAAGGAGACCGGUAUGAUUCGUCAUCAGAUUCAAGCCAUGGAAGGAGGCCCAUUAAAGGCCCCCACUGUGGAGACUGUGGUCCUAUAUGAGGGGGAAACCCCAAAGGAGCAGGACAAAGACAAGAGGAUAGUGGAGAGGCCCAGGAAAAGGCCUGCAUGGUUCAGCUACUGAUGCUGUGUGUGACAUAUACCACGACAAACAGCAUAUUUCAGUGUCUCUGGGUCAGUUUUUCUUCCACAAAUUAAGAAUUAGUUUGUUCAGAACUGAUCCAGAGAGCUUAAACAUCAGAUACGCGUUUCCCGUAGAAAAUAUGCCUUUGGAGUUGAUGAUAUCAUAGUUCAAUUUUUGUAACUGUUAAAGCCAAGACUGUCAGAUUAUGGACAUAAUUUAACUGCAUAAUACUUUUGAUGGUUUGACAAUAAAUUCCUUAUUUGAAAACA